GUACGGUGUACACGUUAUUCGGAGCUCUCUUCGAGACUGUUGUAGGUAGAUUUCCUCAUUUCAAUAAAUUUGUUCUGUCAGAGUGCUCCUUUCAAGAUGUCAUCCAAUGGAAAAUACAGAGGGGAUAGUGAUUAAACAAUGCUCUGAAUACUACGCUAUGAAAGGUUCCCCGAACAGUGGAAUGAGUAAUUAAAUGAAGACCCUAUAACAAAGGAAAAAGCAAGUGUAAUAAAAGAAUAGAGUUCAAAAAAAUUCUUGAAUAUGAAAUCAUAAGAAAAGGGCCAAAUAUGCAUUCUCAAAUGAAUAGUGAAGAAAGAAAAAUAAAAGAAAGAAAAGCGGCAAGGGUCAGAUUAUCCGAUGGUAGGAAGUUAAUGGGAAUUCAUUAACGCUCCUCGCAGACUUCACUCAAUGACUGGAUGCACCAAACCGCAAGGAACUCCCGGUACAAACAUGGUUGACGUCUCGACUUGGUGCCCACUGGCUACAAAAGGGCGACUGAACCUGUUGACUCCUACUGGAAACCAGUCCUUAGAGUGGCGCCCCUAUCCAGAGUACUCUGUGCUGUAGAGCCUUUAAGAGUGUGACAACAAUGGUUUCGUGAUUUGCAAGUUGCAUGGGACGCAAUUAUCAAGGUCCUGUGAAGCCUCCAACCAAGCAGCAACAUCCUUUUAUGGCCUUUUCAUAGAAGAGAAAGUGUUUCAAAAACGAAAUGGCGCACUUUGUAAGAGCUUUUCAUUAAAAGACAGAGAUUAGGCGGCCAAAUCCAAUUAACAAGAACCUGACUCGGAGAUAACGUGUUCUAUAUUUCAAGAAGUACUUUGAGAAUAGACUCGCAGACAUUACAUUGAAUUAAAAGCAAAAUACACGAUAUUGAUGGUCAAUUCACAAUCCAAGAUAUCAUAAAAAUAAAGGAAGCCAGAUUCUGAAUCAUUUUGUUCAAGCUCACCUUCCCACUACCAAAAGGAGUCUGCACAUCCAGGUCAGCCCACCGCACUCCUGACCACCCCCCCUCUGACAUUAACUUCGCCUCUUUGUGGUCGCGCAACUUCAUCUUUCACGCCCAAAUGACCACUCGCGAAAUGCGACGCCCAAAAGGGAAAUGAUCGAUGUUCUUCCAGCAGAAGUGGCCAUAGAAAACUAUGCUCAGGUGGCGGGCGUGGGCGGAUCAUGGAUGGAGUGGGACAACCGACGCCACCGUGAAGCAGAAGACGCAGCCUGGCCACCGCCAAGCCCUCCGGAGUUCCCUUUCCAUCCCUCGGGGGAGCCUUGGGCGGAGGCCUUCCACUUCGAGGGAGAGGAAGACCUCCAGACAGAGCACGGAGGAGGAAGAGGUCACUGGCAGCGUGAUCAUCCUGACGUGGAGGAGAACGACCCCUGGAGUGACUUUCGGAACCACUGGGAGGAGGAGGAGGAGGAGGAAGACGACGGCGGGUGCGAAUGCGGAGGGCCUCCCCCUCCCGUGUUUAAUCUGCCGCCCCCGCCACCUAUCCCUCGAGUACUCGAAGAGGAGGAGGAAGGAAGUGGGUGCGAUGCACCGCCUCCGGCAGAGACCUGUCCCGCCCUUUUGGUGGCUGGGGACGCCCACACCCACCAGAGGCUUCACCCACCCUUGGCCGCCCUCGUCGUCGCGGCGGCUACUUUCACGUUGGUGUUCAUCAUCGCUGCCCUCGUCUGCUGGAGAUACAGAAGACAGAGAGGUCGACGUGGGCCCAGCAAAUCUAGCAGCGAUCUUACCAAUGGCAUCAUCUACGAAGACCUCCCCUCGGGACCAACUCCCAGGGUCGUCCCCGCCCACACACAUCCUGGGGAUACACACACCCUUGCGCCCAUGGAGCUCUUAGACAUGAAACUGACCGCUCAAGUACCGACGACUACUUACGGAGGCGCUGAGAGCACCAACCCAUCUCUACUCCAUCAGUGCCAGUCUCCGCUGGCCCUCUCUCCAAGCUACAGCAGCCAUGGCCACGUUUCGCCAACAUUCGGCCACGCACCUACCCCUCCACCAUAUUCGCCAAAACAGCCCUACGACGCCCAUAGGUCCAGCAGAAGUUCUCAGGAGCUUUAUAAUCCGACGUACGAGGAAAUUUCCACUGGAAGUGACACUACAUCUGUUAGUAGUGCCAGCGUUAGCUCUGACGGAACAGAGAUUCCGCAGCCUCGCGAGAGGAUAAUGGAAGGGCCAGGACCUCCAGGUGGAUGGUCUGCCCCAGGUACUUGCACCUGUUCUGGGAGUCGACGGCCCUCUCAAGGUCGGCGAGGGGUAAGAGGAGGUCGAGCGAGAAAGGCUCGCGCAUCCAGCAGUGCCACCAGUACGGGCACGACGGAAGGGAGCGAGUACCACGAAGCUCUGGUGUCACACUUGGUGCCCUCCCACACCAUGAAGGCCGCCUCGGCUGGUGUGCGACACGCAGCUCUUCCCUAUACCAUACAGGGCACCAGCGAUGGAAGAACGUCUACAUCAUCUUCUUCGGACUUGCCUGUUGAUCGCUGCGUUGCCCCUCGAGAGCCUCGUUACUACGUAGGCAUUCCUCCUCCUGUUAUUCGGAGUCCCGCUACUCCAGAGGGACCUGGAAGAGGUCCUCCUGGCCUCCAUUUUGCUGGAGACUCGGUUGAAGGUUCAUCUGGAACGUCCACCUGCGGAGGAGAUAGGCCAUCCCCGACAGAGAGAGGUUUACCUCCAUUGCCCUCUCGUAGUGACCGAUAUCGAAUUUAUUUUACGACCGACAGACGCCGCGGGGUGGAAGUAGCACCUUUGUCCUCGACGACUCGAACUCUUGACCCCUCCGGCAGAAAGCGACAGAAGAGACACGAUGCAACAAGCGCUCUUGAGAGUGAACCUCUAUAUCACGAAUUGUAGAGGAAUAAAUAUUUCGAUAAUCCCGAGUUGUAGUAGUUGCAAAAGUAUAAUCCGAAAUAUGAGUAGACAGUCCUGUUUACCUGAGGCGCAGUAGACGAAAAAAAUAAUAAGAAUGUAGAUAUUUCUUGUAUAUUGUUCUUCAUCACUCAAUCUGUAGCUCUUUAACUGUCAUUACACGACCUUUUGUACAACUGCACAAACUAUAUAUAAUAUAUAAAUACAUAUAUUCCUGUUCCACGCUACACUCGUCCCUCUUGAUGCUGUAUUGCAGGAACCGCCAGUUGUGAUAACCCUUUGUCCUAAGAGAAGAGGAGCAAGAAGCACUGGAAUCCUGCAGAUUUAUUUUGUAUAUUGUGGAUUUGCUCCGCAAAUAAAUGAUGGUAAAAAGUAAGUUUCAUCCUCGAUAAAAUGCAAAUGUAUCCAGUGAGUCUAGUUGAUAGUAAUCAAGUAUAUACAGCAGCCCUCCUAGAAGCACCUCGUGAGCAAAGCCCUAGAAUACAUUGUUAUCUGUAGAAUUCAGAUACCAAGUUACUGUAUCUAUCCCCAGGAAUCCUGUGUUAGAGACCAACUUAAUCAAAAAUUACAGCCAAAGUUACAUUGUGCAUAUUAUAUCAACUCACUCCCACAUUCAGUAUAAUUUCACACUAGUGUUUCUCUGAAGUUCAACGACCUGUUGACAGACUGACUAGCGCAUCUUCCCCCAACCUUGUCUGAAUUCCUUCAAAGCUCAAAUCUCACUAGAUAAACAGUUUACUGAGGUAUAUUUUGGACAAGUACUGUUUGCUGCUGAAAUCUGUUGUAUCCAUUUGAGUCUUGCUUCUAGAACAACCCAGUAUCACAUCUAAAUUCAAAGUACUGUACAUUUUCGUGUGAUAUAGAAUUAUUAUUUCUUCGUAUUAGAUGAUGGUCACCUUAGAAUCAGUAAUCAUACGACAAUCAAAAGUUGUGAAUACUCCAAAGACCUACUAGAAAAUAAGUCAAUAUAUUUAAAUGCGAAGAUGAAGCAGUGCCGCUAAUUUUACUCUGAAAUGUUGAACCCGGCAGUUGGAAGUUUCAGUUCUAUCUAACACCUUCAAGAUGAAGAGUGUCUGCCCUUCAUCCGAUGAAAAUCAACACAUUGUGAUCAUUUUCUAUAGGGAUUCACGCACUCACUCAUUUAUACCAAAACUUUUCACUGAAUUUUGGCAAACUGCUCUAAGGCUAGAAAUGCCUUUAGAAUAUGAAUCGGCCGUUGUGGUUUGAAGCGUUAGCAGUUUUCUUCGUCGUUUUUGCAGUUAUGAAAUUAAAAAUUUCGUUCAAAAACUUCUUACUUCUGCACGGACCAUCUGUUUAAUGUGAAAAGAAAGUAAUGACUGAGGCAUUGUAAUGAUAAGAGAACUCAGAGAAAAGAGAAUCUGAUUGCGUACUAACCGCCGUUGUCAGCAUGUGGCUCUGUCUCUUUGUGCCAUCUCUACGAAAAGUUACUCAAGUGAUUCUUGUCCUUUCAGUAAUGACUGGUGAUUAGAAAAUCGAAGUUUCGAAGUAAUGUCGCGACAGAUAAUGUCAGCACAUGAGAGAUCGAGGCGGCUAUUCUCAAAAGAUAAAAAGUUAACUUACUGACAAGACGUUGAAGCAACUUGUCGCUUCUCCAGUUAGUGAAAGCGGAAUUGUCAUUCUUCUUUGGCCAUUAAUUUAAAGCCAUCUCGUUCAUAUGUAAGAAUUUAUUUUUAUCCCAAAAACUGUCACAAAAAUAUUUUUUUCGAUCUGUAUAUGCUUAUGUGCGAUAUAAUUUUUGCAUUUGGAACUUUAUGCUUAAUUUCAAUGAACGUUCUAUAUUUUUGCUUUAUGGCUAAGUGUUACAGUCGUGUUUUAUUAUGAGCAUAAGACAUUUAGUAUAAUGAUGACUAUAAUUUUGCUGUAGGGUGAAAAGAAUGGCUGAGGCUAAAAAUGAUCAAAUGAAUCGUCCAAGGAAUGCAAUAUAUUAAAUGGUUGUUAAAUUAAGAAUUCCGCUUUUUUUCUUUCAGUUCUCUUGCCGGGUAACGGACGAAAGUGAUUUGUAGAAGAGGACCCGUUUGAGCAUAAUUUUGUAACGAGAAACAAAAAGAGAAUAUAAAGAAUGGAACAUGUGCGGUGAUGUGGUUGUUUCCAGAAAGCAGUGUAGAGAGGCGAAAACAAAAUUAUUCUUUGGAUAUAAUGGAAAGAAGUACUUUUGAGAAUAUGGUUGCAAUGCCGCAGUGACCUCUUGACUUCUCAAUUGCUUCCUGCAUCUUGGAUACGCUUUCCAGUGCAAGAAGUUAAUCCGAAGCGGAAGUAAAUAAGGCAUGCGCGUUAACAUAUCCAAGAGGAAAUUGAAAAGGUCAGCGGUCGUUAUGGAGAUUAAAAAUACAUCUAUCUGAUGAAUGUGACCUGCAGAUUCUAUAUAUGAAAAUCAUCAUCGGUUUCAGAACUGGUAAAGGUUAAGACUCCUGCUACACUUGUGGUGUGUCUUUGACCGAAGAUAGGGGUUAAGGUCAAACUCAUCCAGAAAUACUCCUGAAUGGGUUCUCUGCUGCUUAUCAUCAUCAUGAUAAGUUUGGCAAAUCCCUUCAUGUUACUGGCUUAUUAGGUUAAUACGCAAAGGAGCAAGAUCUUUCUUUUAUUCUAUGUUGUUCUUACUUCAGGUCUGUUCGAUAUUCUGAUUUACGGUUUUUUGAUGAAAACGAAAAGAACAGUAAAAGAUAAUUUUUUGGGGGUUUACAAGGGCAUUGUAUA